UUAUGGCAUCAUGGUCUUCCUCCGUGUUGCAAACAAUGACAAAAUCGUCCACGUAAACAGCAAUAUACGAAACCUUACCGCUACAGCAUCGCUUCACGUACAGGCAAGAAUCAUUCACGGAAGUAUAGAAUCCCGUGUUCUUGAGAGUAUCAUCUAGCUUAUGAUUCCAAAUCCUUGCAGCUUGCUUCAGUCCGUAUAGUCCUUUGCGAAGUCGGCAAAUCAUGUUUUCUCCUUCAGCUGCAACGCCUGGUGGUAGACGCAUGUAAACUGUUUCCUGCAGCUCUCCGUUCAAAUAGGCAGUCUUCACAUCAGCAUCUUCUUUUGACUUGCCACAGAAAACAGCGUACGGUAGGUGAUUUGCUUGACAACGGGAGCGAAUACCUCAUCGUAGUCUUCUCCAAUUUUUUAAGUGUAGCCUUGAGCCACCAAUCGAGCUUUGUAUCACACCACUUGGCCUUGCUCAUCUGUCUUCCUCUUGAAAAUCCAGCGGCAGCCGAUUGUUUUCUUUCUGUAAGAUUUGAAAUCUGAAUAGUUUAUUUCAAGCGUGUGCUAUGCUGUCAGUUCGAACGAUUGCCAACCAUUCGAAUACAAACACUAAAAAUCAUGCAUGUAUAAAUACACGAGCGAAUAAAGAGUGAAGUUGUCUUGAUUUGGAAGUUGAGCUGAAAACAUCAGUGUUGUAUAGUGAAACGGAAGAAAUACCCUGACUCAACAUUUUAAAGUGGUACGAGGAUAAAAUAGCUGAAGUUUAGCUGAAAGUUAGUGUAGAGUGUGAUCUCAAGUGGUGAACAUUGCUGGUAAAGCGGUCGGAAAGAGUGCCGGCGUUGGACGAGGCGUUUUGUGCGAGCUAGGCCGGUCGUAAGUGACGCCAAUAUUCGCCAUCUUGAGCGUGCGUUUGCGCUAUUGUACCAGCGACGCGUGGUGUGAAUUUCAAUCGAAGUGAUCAGAAGUGUCCAUUUGUGCUAAAAAAAAUCGGUUGAGGAUCAGCAGCGGUUAUUGUGAUUCGGCGUGCGGUUAUUGUGAUUCAGCAGCGGUUUUUGUCAUUCCGGAACAACCUUCUGUCUGAAAUCUGGUCCGGGCGCACUACUGGAGUGCACGGUUAAGAGGGAAUCCCAGAUUACGACCAAUUUUGUGGAACGGAGGAAACUACAUAAAAGGCAGUGAUUGUGGAAGCGGCCAUUGUGUUUUCGGCCCGGCCAAGCGUGAGAAAUUCAGCAGCGGUUUUGUAAACGAAAUUCGAAACGAGGAACGGUAGUGAAUCAGUGGUAUCCUGUUCGGCGGGCUAGCUGCAGUCUUCAGCAAAGAUCCUGGUCGGAAAUCUCCAGCACGAGUUCCAGCGGACUUCGGAGUGCUGUUUUCCACGGCGGCCAUUUGCAAGCGCUGCUCCGGACAGUUGUGGAGAAUCGAGUGACAACGGAACGUUUUUUAUACGGGCGCAAAGGAGGCUACGGAAGGAAAGCCAUGGCUCUGAUCGGUAGCAUUGACCCGUAUGUUCCGGGCUCAUCCUUCUCCAAUUAUGUGGAACUUUUGGAGUAUUUCUUUUCUAGUAAUAACAUCGAUGAAAAUAGAAAAAAAGAUCUAUUCAUGAACUUUGCCGGAAUGACAGUAUUUGAAGAAUUAAAAUUACUUUACCCUGCUACUGACCUGAAAACGUUAAGUUAUGCGGAAAUAACAAAGAAAUUAAAGGAAAGAUACGAUAAAGUGGAUUCUGAAAUCGUUUUGAGGUAUAAAUUUCGUUGUCGUCUGCAAGGAUCAACGGAAUCCGGAGAAAAUUAUAUUUUGGCAGUAAAACUAUUGGGGGAAGCUUGUGAUUUUGGGGCAUUUCGCGAUUCGGCCAUAAGAGAUCAGCUUGUAUAUGGAGUUUAUGACAAAGAUCUGCAAACUAGGCUAUUGAACGAAGAAGAACUAACUUUGAAAUCGGCGGAGCGCAUUAUUAAAAAUAAGGAAAUGGCGGUUUGCAAUAGACAAAAGCUCAACCCCGAUGAGAAUGUUAACUCGGUUAAGUUUAGGCUUGGUCGACGAGAUUCUCGCUAUGAUUCGAAUAGAGCAGAUCGUGAAAGAGGAAGAUCGAGAAGUUGGAACAGGGAUAAUGGACACAGACGUUUUAGAGAAAGAUCAAGGUCAGAUUCACGUAACAAUCGGGUUAGUAGCAAGGGAAGGUACGCAAAUUUUGUAUGUCAUUACUGCAAAGCUAAAGGUCACAUUCAGCGCUUUUGUUACCAGUGGAAGAACAGCAACCGUGCGACAGUGAAAUUUGUGAAUGAAGUAGACAACGAGGAUCCGAAUGACUAUUUCAAGAGACUGCAAAUGGAUUAUGACACCGACAAUGAAGCAGAUCGCGAUUUCAUCAAAUGUGAUCUCGGCUCACAGGGGGCAGAUCAAAGUAGUUAAGAAUUCUGAACCGCGGCGCAAUGUGGCGCUUCAGGAAGUUGCAACAAGGGCCCGAAUAUCAUCUAAAAGGCGAUUCGAAAGUUCGGAUGAAGAUGAGCCGUUCCAGAGCACCUCAUCUCGACAGGUUCUGCAUCCUCCUACUCCUCCUCCGCCAGUUAGAAGUGAAGUUCAUCCCACUGUAUUGCAAUCCUACGAUGAAACGCAAGCCACACACAACGAUAAGCGAACACCGCGGAUAAUAUCUCCCCAGAGUAGUGAACAAUUCGAAGUACGGCGAUCAAAAAGGUUCAAGAAGAAGAAAAUAGAUUCAGAUUUUGUUUAUACUAAGUAAGUAUUAUUGGAACAAAUGUUCUAUCUGCAAUUAAGAUAAAAGUGUUCGA